AUGUCACUCCAUCACCACGUUCUCGCUAUCCCCGGCGGCGCUGAUCUACCUCCUGAGUUUCAUCCAAUCCUAGCCAGCAACAUGGCGGAAGAAUGGCAAUCCCGCAGCCCAAAACCUUCGCCGAUCCACGACAAAACCGACACUUUCAUUCAGCCACCCUCCGAGAAAGCCAGCACCUACACCUACGCAUACUGCAUACUGCGAGAAUCACUGAACGAUCGUGAGGCCACCACCGAGGACUUCAAUGCCUUCCUCUCGAUAGCUGCACCCAUGCGCUCCCAGAAGAGGGGCUAUUGCAUCUUCGUGCCAUCUUCCUCGUUGACGCAUCUGGCUCAACGCUUCAGCCUGACCAGAAGAUCAAAUUCGAAAGGGAAGUCCUGCAACACGCCUCCAAGCUAA